AUGGGUCUCCUUGAUUCAGUGUAUAAGGUGUUUUCACGAAAGGAUGAAGAUACAGCAAAACCAAAACUUCGAAAUUCAGAUUUUGGACGUCCCAUCGAUAAUCCAAUAUCCUUAAGGGAUUUAGAGGUAGUCAAUCUAGAUGGUUCAAAAACUCCGAGUAGGAGUUCAAAACGCUCGCAUGGGAAGGGAUCACCAAGAAUCCUCAGGACUCCUACAACGAUUGAUAUUUUGAGGAAACGAAGGCUACAUAUGUCUCCAAAAAAGGCUUCUAUGUCAGAGCCAGCGAAGAAGGUGAAUAACAGGCCAUUGGUCAAAUCUGCAAACAAAGAGGUUCUGGAUGCUUACACAAAUGACGAGUCCAGCUCAUCCAGGAUGACAAUCGAUACUCCCUUGAAACCAUUGGACGAUGGACGAAGCCCACAUCGAUAUCUGUCAUCAUCACAAACAUGCCCAAGCACUGUCAGCUUAUCCAAUACUGGAGAUCUGCUACAUAGCAAAACGGUCACUGAAAAGCUACAGGAUGCGCUAACUGAUGCAAGGGACCAGGGUCUGUCGCAUAAACCACUAGAGACGACUCAGACAAAUAUUCACGAGCAUAGAAGGGACAUAACAAGUGACUACAAGGACGAGCAAAUACCACUGAAAAUUGUAUCAGAUGGCUUGUUACAGUUCCCUCUGGAGUAUGAAAAGUUUCUUGAACAAAAAUUUGCUAUCCAACAACAGUCAGCAAACUUUCCUCUCAACAAGGAAAUGAACCAAGGGGAAGACCACCGACCUGAUUUGGCACCUCAGGAGUCGCCACACUUGUCCAAAAUACGCCAAGAGGAUUCACCUAGACAACGCAAACAUCACAAAGCAGCAGAGUCACAAUCCAUUUUGAAUAAAGAAUAUCAAAAUGUGUCGGCUUCCUUGGUUAAAGAGCUGAAAGUGAUUCCCUUGGUAGAGAAUGAACCCAUGGAGGAGAAUGCUUCUCAUGCCAAAACCAUGUUCCAUGGUUCCAAAGACACGAAGUCGAGCCAGCCACAUAGGCACAAAAAAGUAACCAGUAAAGGAAAGCAUAAAAAGAUUUCGCCAAAGCGUCAAAAAAAGGUCAGUAUUAUACCUGGCGCGAUCGAUUUAUCAAUUUUUGAUCUGGAUGACGAGAGUUCCCUCAAAAUGGCCAAGAGUGUUGAGCCCCCAGCUAAAUCAAAAUUUAAACAAAAGGAAACCAUAGCACAGAAAAUCAAGAGACUAAACAAGGCUCGUAAAGCAGCAAAGAAAGAAGCAAGACGACACACAAAGGAGAAGGGGGCAGAGUCAACCGAAGCUGAAUCUAGGUCACUUUCGAAUGAGAGCGGGUCUGCCUCUUUGGGAUCCCCACACGAAGUUUUGAGAGGCAACAAACAACAAGUGAUGAACUCUUGUGGGAAAGUAGACAAAGAGUAUGGGGGUAUAGCUUCAAAUGAACUUAGCUUGAAUCAAGCUAUGAGAGUCGAGAGCCAAGAACCUACUUCCCCACAAAAUACCUUUCUCAAUACAGUUGAUAAGAUGCGAUCGCCUACAAAAUUAGCCAAGCAUGAACAGUCGAAUAAAAGUGAUGCUGAAGGUUUAGAUAAGAUAACAGACUCGGACCUAAAUGUCGCGGAGACUGCGGAUACCGAGCCACAUGAAGGGUUUAUUGUAGAUGCUACUAGCCUGUUGUCACCGAAAAAGCACUCCAUCGACAAUGGGUCGCAACUGGUAGUAUCAGAUAAACAAAACCAAAUUGCUCUUUUGACAACGGAGCAACAACAGAAAGAAAACACUUGCCACAUAUCAGCAAGAGAGAAAGAAUCCACGCAGAACACAGAAAAAGUGAAACAUGACGUAAUGAGUGUGGUGGAGCCUUCGAUGGCAAUAUCAAGCUCGGGCGUUGGUGAAAAUAACACAAACACUCUCGUAGAGGCGUCAAUGGCAUCUAACAAUGAAUGCAACAAUUUUGUUGACUCACUUUUAAAAACGCACCCAGCCGAUGCAGAAACUCGAGUAAAUAUCAGCAAUGCCAGAGGGCAACCUAAUCCAACAAGACUUGGAGGUGGCCAUGACUCACCAAAUGAUAGUGAUCGCUUGAAAAGCUUCUUUGUCCUUGAAACACCACAAAAGAUAUUUUCUAAUACAAUAGUUGCUGAUAUUGGUGAAACUUCAAAAUUGGAUGGCUCACCACGUCGAUGGAGCGAGAGAAAUAAACAAUCUACAAGCAGCUAUGGACUACAAUAUGACGAAAAGCUAUUUCGUAGACUGAUUGGUUUACUGGAAGAAAAAGACAAGGAGGAUAACAAGGAGGAUAACAAGGAGGAUAGCAAGGAGGAUAGCAAGGAGGAUAGCAAGGAGGAUAACAAGGAGGAUAACAAGGAGGAUAACAAGGAGGAUAACAAGGAGGAUAGCAAGGAGGAUAGCAAGGAGGAUAGCAAGGAGGAUAACAAGGAGGAUAACAAGGAGGAUAACAAGGAGGAUAAAUGUGGCGAAAAUUCGAGCAUGGAAAAUCAAAACAUACAGGAAGUAAACAAGACGAGCAUGCUGCCUCCAUCCCAGCACGUCAUUGAGGAUAGUGAAGAAACCAAUCACACAAAGCUUGAAUUGCCAGCAAUCAGUACCAUUAAUCCUAUAAAUUUGCGAUCUUACGGAGUAGAUGUUGACAUCAAGUCUCGCGUUUUUACUCAUUCAGAGGGCAGCCAUGAUCUGAUGAGGCGAAAACGGGUAGCAAGAGUAGGAAAUAUGCUAAGGUUGCUGAACUCCUCAACUGAAGAUGAAUUUAGCUCUGAUGACGAGAAGAAGGUUCUCUCAAGGGCAUACAUGCGUCAGAAGUUGAGAGAACAAGUAGCGGAAAGGAGAGCCAGAAGGUUGCGUUUGAAAGAUCUUCAUCGGGAUGGAACGCAAACUGCCCAACAAGCUGAUGCAGCAAGCGCAUUAAAAACUUCUCAGGAGCAGCACGUUGCUGUUGCUAGCUCACCUGGACCUUUUCAAGGUGUUCACGCAGAAAACAAGCAGUAUGCUGGAACAGCCAUCUCGAACAAACCUUUUCAAAUUGAACUUGCUCAAUUGGAGCAGCAAGAUGACGAAUCCCCAUACGCAUCAAAUAAUGAACAACAAGUGUCCCAAAAUGAAGAGGCUUUUGCAACUGUACCGGAGCGGUCAGGAACAAAACUGCAAGAUGUGGUGUCAGAAUCCAAUUCAUCCCACAAAUUAGAGGCAGCUCAGACACAACAGGCUGAAGAUAGUGCCAAUAACAUCAACAUAGUACCACAGUCAACUACAUCAAACACGACUGUCGUCGAAAUUGAGGAGUCUGUGGUGGAACAUUGUAAUGUUGGAAAUGAACCCUCACUUUCUUUUGACCCAAACGAUAAGAACAAUGCAGGCGAUGCGAAUAUGGUUGAAGUAGAAAGAACAGUAUCACAAGUGUAUUCAUCCAAUCCCUCAACAGAAAAGUAUAGCAGCGUGUCCAAUCGUCACACUUCGAGCCAGCUGGUCCAUUCGCCACCUGAAAAACGCAUUGGUGUAUUUGGCGCUUAUGUAAAGCCAUCGUCAAAGAUCAAUGCAUCUGAUGGUGAUGCAGGGGAUGUGGCAGAUGAUAGCUUUGAUAUGUCUGCUAUUGCUAGCUCGAUAGAGGAUAUUGCAACACAACGUCAGAAGAAGAUCAAAAGGAAGCGACCCAAAAGUGCAGAUGUAGAAUCAGGGAAAAUUGCUUUCAAGGAUAAUCCCACUGCGGUGGCAGAAAGCUGUAGCAAGCAGAGCGAAAGUGUCAGGGAAUCUCAUAGCAUCCAGGGGGCACUGGAUGUCAUUACAAAGGUGGAAUUGGACAUUGCCAAACAAAUGUUGGAUGAUCUUAGCAAGAAAAAGGUGAACAAUCUGCAAUAUUCGCAUCUCUUGGAACUAGAGAAUCCAAGAAAGAAGAAAAAGAGCAAUAACAAGGCUAAUGAGAGUAGGAAAAGGAAAAACCAGAGAAAGAAGCUUAAAGCUAAUGGUGUUUGA